AUGAUAUCACACAUGUUCAAAUUGUAUAUGACUGUAGUGAUUUUAUGCACAUCAAUCAUGAUGGAGAUUGAAUCAGCCACGUUUACGGUACCAAUUGAGUUUUGCGAGACAGGACAAAUGUAUGUUUCACUGGACGGAGUGAAUAUUUCACUCAAUUCUAAUCAUAUGUUAACAAUGGAAAACAGACAUUGUACUACAACAAUUUCUUUAACAUCACCAAAUGAGCAAGAAAUAGCAACUCAAACUGGAUAUCGUGAAGGCACUGUCCUAUGUAGAUCACAGCUAUCAUAUCGAUCUCAGCAGGCAGUUGAAGAAGACUGA